GUUUAUCCUGGAGAAGAGGAGGCUGAGGGGAGAUCUCCGCACCUCCUGGAAAUGAGGUUGUGGUGAGGUGCGUGCUGGGCUCUGCUCCCAAGUGACAAGUGACAGGAUGAGAGGAAAAGGCCUGAAGUUGCACAGAGGAGGUUCAAAUGGGAUAUUAAGAAAAAUUUCUUCGUUGGAAGGGCUGUCAAGCCCUGGCAGAGGCUGCUCAGGGCAGUGGAGGAGUCUCCAUCCAUGGAGGAGUCCAAAAAGCACAUGGCCCUGGUGCUUCGGGACAUGGUUUAGUGGGCACGGUGGGGCUGGGCUGACGGUCUUUUCCAGCUGUAACGAUUGCACGAUUCCUGCGUCCCCCUGCAGCGGUAAUGGCCAUCCUCGCGCAGCCUUAUUGCUUCUGCCCUUCAGCUCCCUAUCACGCCACUGUCACCUGCCACCGGGAGCAUUCCCUAAAUAGACCAAAUCAUUCUCCUAAUGAGGUUUAAUUUGCUCCUUUGCCGGCCCGGGUGAGCGGCCCCUCCAUCCCGCUGCUGGCAGGGGAGCGGAGAGGGGCCGGCUGGGGGUGCAGCUGAAUUGCAGCCGCGGCGUUGGAGCUGGUGGGGGCAGCUGAUGGCUCUUGUCUGCGUGUCCCUGAACACAAAAGCAGCCGCCGGGACUGUGCUGGUACAGAUGCUGCAGGACUGCCCGAAGGCCCGAAGGGAAGUGGAGCUGCACUGGAGGGCGUCACAGUGUGCGCACAUCGUCCGCAUCAUGGACGUCUAUGAGAACCUCUACCAGGGGAGGAAGUGUCUGUUGAUCGUCAUGGAGUGCUUGGAUGGCGGGGAGCUCUUCAGCCGAAUUCAAGACAGGGGAGACCAGGCCUUCACAGAACGGGAGGCUUCAGAGAUAAUGAAGAGCAUUGGGGAAGCGAUCCAGUACCUACACUCGAUCAACAUUGCGCACCGGGACGUGAAGCCGGAAAACCUCUUAUACACCUCCAAAAGGCCCAAUGCUGUGCUAAAACUCACGGACUUUGGUUUCGCUAAAGAAACCACCACGCACAACUCCUUGGCCACUCCGUGCUACACGCCGUACUACGUGGCCCCGGAGGUGCUGGGCCCGGAGAAGUACGACAAGUCUUGUGACAUGUGGUCCCUCGGUGUCAUCAUGUACAUUUUGCUGUGUGGGUACCCUCCCUUCUACUCCAACCACGGCCUGGCCAUCUCACCCGGCAUGAAGAAGCGAAUCCGAAUGGGCCAGUAUGAGUUUCCCAACCCUGAAUGGUCUGAAGUGUCAGAGGAAGUUAAGCAGCUGAUCCGCAACCUGCUGAAGACGGACCCGACUCAGCGCAUGACGAUAACGGAGUUCAUGAACCACCCCUGGAUCAUGCAAUCCAUGCAGGUGCCCCAGACCCCACUGCACACCAGCCGCGUGCUGAAAGAGGAGAAGGAUCUGUGGGAGGAUGUGAAGGAGGAGAUGACGAGCGCGCUGGCCACCAUGCGAGUGGACUAUGAACAAAUCAAGAUCAAGAAAAUUGAAGAUUCCUCCAACCCUUUGCUGAUGAAGAGGCGGAAGAAAGCAAACCCCACGGAGCCCGCUGCGCUCCCCCACUGAGGGUGCCUCGCACCCACCGGCCCUUGAGAAAGCAAUAACUAUAUAUAUAUAUUUUUUAAAGGAAAAAAAAAAGACAAAAAGAGACAGACUGUUCUAUCGAGCGCAUGGAAUUCAGACAUUUAUACCAGACUAGUUAUUUUUAGCUACUCACCUGUGUUUCUGACCUUUCCGGAGCAGGCGGUAAGAUCCCCCAGCAGCUCCGCAGCUGCGGCCGGGGUUUGGUCCUGGAGGUGAAUGCCACCGAGAAUUGGAUUUUAUUUUUUCUUUUGUGAAACAGCUUUGAUUUUUAUUUUUUUUUUCUCCUUCCUUCCAAAGAUACGGAAAUUCCUGUGGUGACCUUUUUAGGGUAUAUAACAUAAAUAUUUUUUAAAAACUACUGUAGAGCUGAAACUCAGACAGCGUUCCCUGUGCGGAUGCUGGCUGGAGACGCGCUGCGGGCUUGGGAGCGGGAUGGGGAAGGAGAGUUGCCUUCUCCCCAUCCCGGGUGCGUUGGGGGGGUCCUCGUGGAUGCCGUGCUGCUUCGCUGGCCUGGAAAACUGCUGCUUUUAAAGCAGGGCAGCCAAAACCCACCUCCAAAGCCCUUCCUGACCUGGAAGCCUUGACUCUCCCCGGCGGCACAGGGCUCCUCGCCAGCGCCGUCUGUGUCGCUGUCUGUCUGUGCGUGGGGUGUGUGUCGUGUCCGUGGGUGCGGAGCUGCUCCGGGCUUCCUCCCGCCGUGGUCUGUGCCUCUGCCUGGAAUCCAGUUCUGACCUCAGGGGUGGGCAGGCAGCCGGUGCCCCCCCGGCAUCUCCCCCGGCUCUGCGGGAACAUGGGGAAAAGAUGCUUCCCCGCUGCCUGCUCCCACCCCCCCAGCUCCGGGGAAGAUGCUGUCCUGGGGGGACCCUGGGGAAAAGCGGGUGGGAAAGGCGCAGAGCCGUAGCUUGAGCUGGGAUGGCAGCACCGUCCCCUCAGCCGGGGCUGGGGGUCGUGUUGCCUCCCCCAGGCUGCUCCUGCCACCAGUUCCCCAGGGACUGGGAGCGAUUCCUUGCUCCCUGGAGCAGGCCGGCUGCUCCAAAGUCUUUAGUCCAUGAAUUAUUAUUAUUAUUAUUAAUAUUAUUAUUAUUUGUCACAAUGUUUCACCGAGUUAAAUGUGUUUGAGUGGGGAAAACAAUUUUUUUUAAGGCAAUGUUUAGUUUUUAGGUGACCUUUUAGACACUGUACGGACUUCUAAUUGUUUUAAA